GUUUUUGAAGUUAGUUAAAAAUGAUUAGUGUUCAUAGUGCUCAAAGUGAAAAUAUCAUGAAACCCAGUGAAUCACCAGUAACACUGGAUACCAAUAGUAACCUCGUGAGGCAACAAUCACCAAACUCUUCCUCGCGCAUAUUGGAUAUACCGUGCAAAGUGUGUGGCGACAAUUCAUCCGGGAAACAUUACAACAUCUUCGCCUGCGAUGGUUGUGCUGGUUUCUUCAAAAGGUCCAUUAGAAGGAGUAGGCAUUAUGUGUGCAAAGGAAAAGUGGAAAAUAUGUGUGUUAUCGACAAAAGUAGCCGAAAUCAGUGUCGUGCAUGCAGAUUGAAAAAAUGUGAAGCUGUUGGAAUGAAUAAAGACGCUGUACAAAAUGAACGUGGGCCAAGAAACUCUACAUUGAGAAAACAAGCGUUGGGACCAUAUUAUUCCGAAGAAUCAAACCAAGUUUUGGCCGCUACAGGAAAUAUUGCUUUAGCUAUACAGAGUGCUGCACAUGUUCCAAUUCCUUCUUAUGUUCCACCUAUUGUAGACACUCCGACAAUUUAUUCGCCACAUAGACCUUUGCAGCUUGGAUCCAACGUGAUACCCAUUCCAUCAGUGUCUCCCGCAUCGCAAUCACUUCUGCCAUGUCCUCCGGCACUUGUUUGCGAAUAUGCGGCAAGACUUCUAUUCAUGAACAUGCAAUGGGCGAAAAACGGACCUGCCUUUGGGGCUUUAUGCAAGAGUGAUCAAAUUACGUUGUUGCAAGAAACGUGGAAGGAGCUAUUUGUGAUCGGUUCGGCCCAAUUCUUGACAAUGAUCAACUUUCAAGAACUACUAGAAUAUAACGACCUAUUGAGAAAACAUUGCAGCCCGAACAGUUUCCUCAACACAGUGGCCGAAUUUCAACUUAUUUUGGACAACAUUAGACAGUUGCGUCUGGAUAUGAAUGAAUAUACUUGUUUAAGGGGCCUUGCAAUGUUCAACUCUAAAAUAAAUUCUUCGACAAAACUAGUAGACACCAACAAAGUUGAUUCGUUGCGAGAAGAAUGUCGGAUGACGCUCACCACAUACAUCCAGUCAACCUAUCCAAAUGACACGUUUAGGUAUGGAAAAAUUAUGUUGCUGAUGACCACAUUCUCUAGGAUCCCGAACGAAACAAUAGAAGAAUUAUUCUUCAAGUCUACCAUCGGUUUGACUUCUAUUUCAAGAAUAAUAGCUGAUUUAUAUGAAAAGUCGGAACAACAUCCAACAUUCGUCAGCUAAAGUUAGAUUCUUUCAACCACGAAAAGUGGAAACUAUGAGAACAUUCUCUAAAAAAUUCGUGGUGAAUUCUAGAGUACUUACCGGAGAGCAAUACAUUAUUGCUAUGCAUUGAAGAAUGCAGACACGAGGUGAAUUCCGGAAAGGAAAGCAAUGCAAAGUUAAAUGGUCAAUUACAUAAUUGCCGUACACUUAUAAAAAGAUAAUCAAAAUUAUCAAAUAGAACAAUACUGCAUCAAAUGAGAUUUAUUCUAAAUUGAACAUGUGAUAAUUGGUGGGUAAUUAUUAGUGUUGGGUAACUAUGAGUGACGUAAUUAGUGGCACUACAAUUACGGCUAUAAUAAAAAUGAAAUGAUGAAAUGAGAAUCAGUUAUAAGACACUUAUAAUUACUACCACCAAACUCUUUAUUUAUUAUAUAUAACAAUGCAUGAAAGAUUAAUUAAAGGCAUAUUUAUGCCACAAAUGUAUAUAGAUAUGCAAUAUUGAUUAUAUUAUAUUUAAAAUGUAAAAAUUGUACAUAUGUUUUAGAUUUUUAGUGGAAUAAUUGU